AUGUUCACUCAUCUAAACCUCUCACAUAUCACUGCCACACAAAAUAUUGACGAAGCCAAUAUCGGCUGUGAACGUACUCACACAUCGCCACAGUCGGUUCAAUCCGACCAGCCUCUUAUCGCGGAACGUCCAACCGGCGGUCCGCAUGUCCUCCUACCCUCCUGUUAUCCCGUUUUCGUCGAGUCGUUCGAGCCUGAGGAGGGGGAGGUAGAAUGGAUGGUCGUAACGAAGCCGAUCCAUAAGAUCGGAAUGGGGUCAAAGGUGAUCGGGAUGUCCCGUGGUGAAGGCUGUCUGGCCACAGCAGAGGUUGAAGGCGAAGUUACGGGUGUUGAGCGGUACGACAGGGACCACGUUGUGUUCAAAGUCAAGGGAGGGUCGGGGAUGGAAUGGAAGAUGGCGGUCAGGUAUUCGCAUGCGAUAAUUGGGAUAUGUCAACGACUUCGGGUGCUCUUUACUAUCGACACCGACCACCACCCGCCGAAGAGUGACCGGAGCUGGAUGGAGGAUUGGAUUUCGUGUUUCUGUGGGCCGCUGGGGAGCAUGGAUGGUGCGAAAUAG